AGACUUAUUGCCAGCCGUAUUUCGUGAAGUAUUAGGGUCACGGUUCUAUUAGCAAUGGAAUUGGGUUCAGUUGUAUACGUACUAGGAGACAGAGUGUAAAUCUGGGAUUAAAAGGAGCGAAUUUGAGUAAAAUUUAGAGACAGCUCAGUGCUCGGCAGCGCCCCACGCGCCGCUAGUCCUCCUACACUUACAGUCCACGGGCCGGAAGUCCUCCAGAGUCCGGAAGCGACCGUUAGUCCUCCGGAAGCUGCAGAGAACAAGCCGCUACCCAGGUGUCGAGCGCGUUGCUGAGAGAAGGGUUUGAAGGCACAAGGCGGGCAGGACACCGGCACCGCAGAGGACUCAGCCAGGCGAGCAGAGACUGGGGGCUGAAGAAGCUGUUUUCAGGGGUCAUCGGUGAUGAAUUUACCAGAUUCGCUUGUUUGUGUCUCACAGGAGGACUCUGAGGCUGAUGCAGCAGGACCAAACGUGUGUGUUUACCUUAGAGCCGCUCUGCCCGGGGGUGUAGAGUCAAGGGCAGAUGGAGGAGCACUGAGUCCCCCCAAGGAGUUCAAGGUGUGGCGGAGCAACGCCGAGUUCCCGCCCGAGACCUACAGCCCUCCAGAGAAGAAGCCCCCGCCGCCUCCUGCCCUUGACACGGCCAUAAAGCGAUCCAGCGUCUACGAGAACAACGGCGCCGACGCGCCGCGGCCCCCGGGCAAAGCAAGAUUCCUGCCGGUCGAGGAGCGGGAGGCCCUGGAGUCGGAUGGUGAAAAAGACGAUGAACCAGUUUCCACUAAGAAACAUAAACUAGACUCUGGGCAGCAGACAAAGAAGAAGUUGUAAGCAGGAUGUGCUGGAUUUAGCCAUAAUGAGAAUUUCAGUCAACUUGAAUUCCUCUGCUGGAACGGGAAACAAAUACAUGUUUACUAAAUUUCUCUCUCCUGUCAGGUAGGGAAUUUUAUUUCUGUAAUAUGAUUGCCUUUUGGAAAGCACAACAUUAAAUGGACAGUAUCAUAAUAGAAA